CGGCGGCCCCGGGCGGCGCAGUGCACGCAGGGAAUUGGAGUCCCGCCGGCCCGGCCUGACCUGUUGCUGCCUCCCUGGGCGGGUGUCCCGGGGGCUGAGGACAGGGACGGGGAUGGCGCGGCCGGGCCGGGGCGCCUGCGCAGACGGCCAGGGCCGGCGACAAGCUGGGGAGCGCGGGGAGUAUGCAUAAGCUUAAAUCAUCUCAGAAGGACGAGGUCCUCCAGCUCGCGGCACUCAGGCUGGUGAGAGACCUGCCAUCCGGCGCUCAGCCCAAAGUGAGUGGAAACUGGACGCGCCACAGACAGCUUCUUCCAGAACCUGGCCUCGUUCCACAAGGACUCCAUGCGAACCUCCGUGGACAGGAAGACGCUGGAGCCGCUGUAUAACUGACUUAGAAAUGGCCGUCGCGUAUUGGAAUUUGGUAUUCUCCGGAAGGCUUAAGUUUUUAGAUCUUUGGAACAUCCUUUUGUUGCUCCAGGCUCUGUGGGGACAGCCAUACCCACGACUCGUGGCACACGGCCGGGGCUUGGCAAACACUGCAGGAACGAUGCAGUGGGCUCGCCUCACCUCUUCCUCUCGCUGACGUCGGCCAGAUAAGUGUGGGAUUGCUCUUAGCGUCUCGACGACAGUGUCUGCUGCCUCAGAUUCAGCAAAAGAGACCAGCCGAAGACGGUACCUCUGCCUAGCGAUAGACGGCUUCUGCCACAUGGUGCCUUUCUCCCUACGUGGGUGGCUGUCUGAGGGGCUGCCCGCGGGGAGGGAGCCUGCACCCUAGCAACCCGGCCAACUGCACUGGUCGUAAAGGACUUUUGCUUUAGGACCUCUCGGACUGUGCCGGCCAGAGUCGGGUUCCAGAACCUCUCUUUUAGUAAGUGCUGUGAUGACACUACCCAUUCAUUUACCUUUUCUUGCCACGCCACGCGGCGUGCGGGAUCUCAGCUCCCCAACCAGGGAUCCAACCCGUGUGGAGUUGUAACCACUGGACUGCCAGGGAACUGCGACCCGUUCAUUUAAAGGCAUCUUAGUAUCUUGUUAUUGAAAGAAACUUAAGUUUUAUCAGACGUGUUUCUUACGUCCCGGCGUGACGCCCUUCUGCUUGUCCUGGUCUGACGUGGGACCAGAACCUGGGGGACAAGGGGCCUGGGGACAGAGGUGGUAGCUCUCCUGACCCCUCUUUUCAAGUCAAGGUCCCUGGUUUGCAGGGCUUCCCCGCACUCUCAGCCUCAGCACGGCCGUGAACAUCCUCCCCGUGGAACGGGAUCGGUGGGAGGACGCUUAAGGUGCGUGAGCCUUCACGGGGCGCCCUCGCCGGCCCCUCGGGGCUCCGGGCUCUGCGCACACACGGAGCGGCCGGGAGGCUGGCUGUCGGGGAGCCUUCGCUGACGCUGGGCCGCGGGGACGCCCGUGAUCACGCACGCGGCGGCUCCACGUGCUUUCCCCCUUCGCACGUGGCAGUUUUCUACCAUAAACACGCUUUAUAAUCAACGAGUCCUCCGGAAAACAGAGCCGUGCGUGUGACAGCCGAGUCGCAGCGUGGAGGCCGCCGAGCGCGAUCCCAUGUAAUUGAAAGUCCCGGAAAGGCAGAGCUACAGAGACCAAGUGGGUGGGUGGAGGCCCAGGGAGCAGAGGGGCCGCGGCUCGGGCGGGCUCUCCGCCUGGGCUGCGGGGAAGGUUGACACACGCCGAGUGACUGGACCGAAUGCAGUGAGCCCGACGGUGCGCGAAUUACACCUGGAAGCUCUAGAAACGUGUGCAUCUCCCCAGCGCGCCGUGCAGACCUCCCUCUGAAGCGGCGCUCUGAGCCGCAGGUGCCCCCACUGAAGAGCCAGCCCUGGGCGCACCACGUGGCUGCGGGCUGCGGGCCCAGACGGCUUCCUCAUUGGUGCCGCCCGCCCGCCCGGGACAGAAGAGGGCGCCUGGCCGAUCGGGGAGGCUCCCGACGGCGACGCGGCGACCAGAACAGGGGCCGGCGGGGCAGGCUGAAGGCUGGGCACCCGGCAGCUGCCGGCAGAGAUGGAGAAGUUUCAGGCUGCGAUGCUGCUGGGGGCCGUGGGCGAUGCACUCGGGCACGGACACGCCUUCAGGGAGGACAGCGCCUCGGGCCCCAAGGUCCAGAAGGAGCCGGGAAAGGUGGGGGGACUGGACCACCUGGUGCUCUCUCCAGAGAGGUGGCCGGUGAGCGACAACACCAUCAUGCACAUGGCGACAGCAGGGGCCCUGGUCACAGACUUCUGGUGCCUGGACGACCUGUACCGUGAGAUGGUGCGACGCUACGUGGACGUGCUCGAGAAGCUCCCGGGGCAGCGGGUAGACCCGGCCACCGUCGAGGGCUGCUCGCAGCUGAAGCCCGACAACUAUCUCCUGGCCUGGCACACGCCCUUCAAUGAGAAAGGCUCCGGGUUUGGCGCUGCCACCAAGGCGAUGUGCGUGGGCAUGCGGUACUGGCAGCCGGGGCGGCUGGAGACGCUCCUCGAGGUCAGCGUGGAGUGUGGUCGGAUGACGCACAACCAUCCCACAGAAUACCAGGAGCACUGGUUUUACUUCGAAGCUAAAUGGCAGUUUUACUUGGAGGAGAGAAAAAUCAGUGAGGACACGGAGAACGAGGCCAGCUUUCCCGACCGCUACAGCGCGGAGGAGAGGGACAAGACCUACAGGAAAUGGAGCUCGGAAGGUCGAGGGGGCCGGCGGGGCCACGACGCCCCCAUGAUUGCCUACGAUGCCCUUUUAGGAGCCAAGGGCAGCUGGACGGAGCUCUGCCACCGGGCCAUGUUCCACGGAGGCGAGAGCGGGGCCACGGGGGCCAUCGCCGGCUGCCUGUUUGGGCUGCUGCACGGCCUGGACGCCGUCCCCGCGGGCCUGUACCGCGAGCUGGAGCUCAAGGAGCAGCUGCGGCGCCUGGGCGAGGAGCUCUACCGCCUGUCCGCGGAGGAGAACCCCAGGAGCGGCAGGAUUUGCAGCAAUGAGACGCCCAUCGAUGUCCAAGCCCUAAAGAAGAAGGUCAGCAGGGUGACGUGCGGCCCCGCGGCCCGAGCCAUCCUCAGCAGUUUGCUGCUCUACAUCACCGGCCGCGAGGACGGGCCCCAGGGGCCUCCUCCCGCCAGGAGGGCAGAAGGCGGGCUGAGCAAGACCGGCCCGGCGCCGGAGCCCCAGGACGCCCCGCGGCGACCCACACGCUUCCAGCUCCUCAAGGCCAAGUUCAUGGGCACCGGCCGGGAGCCGCGCCUCAAGAGGACCCGGGAGGUGGGGCGGCUGAUCUUCAAGGACAGGCAGGGCCCCGGCAGGAGCCUGGUGACGGCCACUAUCCACAAGCUCCUGGAGAAGACCAGGGAGGGGGCCGGCCGCCCCGCACGGGGCCGGGAGCCGCUGGGUCGCGAGAGGCCCCGGGGGCUCCCCGCCGGGAGGGGCUCCGUGAAGAGCAUCCUGAAGGUGUUCUUGGCCGCGGAGGAGAAGGAGGCCGCGGAGAAGCCUCCCGCGGAGCCGCCCAAAGCCGCCAGGGGCCCUCCGCCGAAGGCGGGCGGCAGGCGGAGCGCCGCGCUGGCCAAGCUGCGGGAGACGUUUGAGCGGAGCGGCUGCCGCUGUGCGGAGACCGGCCUCCUGCCGCUGCGCGCGCGCGAGCACAGGACGAAGCGCCUGCCGCGGGGCCCGCUGCACCGGCCCGAGCGCCGCGUGCUCCGCUUGGCCACCUUGGCCAGCACCUGCAUCCGGGCGCCCCCCGCCCGCUUCCUGGCCGGCUCGGCCGAGCCCCUGCUGCCCUUCAGCAUCGCCACCGUCGUCUGCGGCCCCCGCAGCUGGAUGUCCCACGGCGCCAGAGUCACCCACGCGGAUCUGCGCCGCGCGCCCAGAGCAGAAACGGGCACGGCCCCCCGCGUGCGAGAGACGCCCGGUGGGAGCCAAGCGCCAGGGUGGGGGCAGCCCCGGCAGCCCUCCGCGCCCCGGGCGACCGCCCCCAGGGACGGCCCGGAAACACUGCUCCCAGGUACGGGGCCCGAGUGUGUCCCCAGGGCAGUCCCCUCUCACGUCUCCCCCUGGGGUGAAGUCCUUCUUGGCUGCGAGCCCGAGCUGAGCCCACGGGGACCAGCCAGCCCGGGGGGCACGGCGGCAUUGAGAGGCGACAGGACGGGGGUUGCCCAGGGGAAGAGGGGAGCAAGGCUGGGCCCCCCGCCGGGGCUCGUGGGGGGCAGAGCAGGGGCUGCCCCCGAAGUCACCCUGACCGUCUGCAGUUCAGAGGAUGAAACGGAAAGUAUGACUGCAGACUCGGAGCCAGAGCCCCUCUUCGCUGUCCAGGAGAAUUGCCCAGAAGAGAGAGCGCCAGGACAAUUCCCUCCACUCGCGGCGCAUGCAGCCCAGGCCGCGCAGCGCACACAGCCAGCCAUGGAGCCUCCACAGGUCGCGGCCAGACUGCCGGCUGUCCACACGGUGCCGCCCCCUCCUGCCACCCUGCAGAGGGCAGCAGGCCCUGAAGACCAAGGCUGGCGUCUUCUGGGAGGAGAGGGUGUGACUGGAAAUAUAGGAGCUUCACCUCCCACUACGGCCGAGGGUGGAAGCAGGGGCGCCCCGUCGAGGGCAGGUCUGAGCCCGCCCACCCUGCCACAGCAGGGCCCAGGGGCACAGCCAACGCUCACAGCGCCCCCGCAGGAUGCUGCCUGCCAUGGUCCAGACGUCCCCGAGGCAGUUCCCACGACGAAACCGCAGAAAAGUUCCCCUGGAGGAAAGGAAACCAGACGCAGCCCUGGGACUUCACACAGGCUCCCGAAGCACCAGGACACCUGGGGAGAGGACGCUUCCCAGCUAAGUUCUAAGACGCCUCUGCUGCCAGGACGGGAGGAAAGGCCUGUUGAUGACGCCAGCACCUCAUCACAGCGGUCCGCGGCCUCGGAAAACCGAUGGAGGGGACUUGCCGGCUGUGCCCCCGGCUGUCAGCAAGUGCUGGCGCCCAGGGUUCCCAGGAGGAGCGAGGUGAGCGUCUCCAUGAGGCCAGAAGCACCGGCCCAGGACGGGAGGAGGCCUGAGAAUCUGCCCUCGGUGGACAAGAGCCCCCCUCGUGAGCAGGAAGGACACAGGGGGCCCCCGUCGUCCCCGGAGCCAGCCCGGCCCCCGCUGACGGCUGAAGGGAGCGCCAGCCGUGAUCCUGGUGAGAACAGAGCGAGCUCCUUAACUGAACGAACACAGCCGAGGAGUGUCAACGCCCCCGGGCGGGUGACGGCUGCAGGGGCCUCCAAAAGCCCCCCAGCCCUGGUGCCAGGUGACGCCCUGAGCCCCGGAAACAGGGCGGCCAAGGAGCAGGAGGAAAGGGGCGCCGCCCGGCCCGCAGGCCCAGGUCUCGCGGCCGAGGAGCCUGAUCGCCAGCCCGGGGGCGGCAGCGCGUGCAGAGCCUCGGGGUCCCCACCCGCCCCGCCUCGGGAGGCCGCCGGCACCCAGACCCUGCCUGUCGAGCCCCGCGUGGCAGCUCCAGGUGAACUGGCCGCAGGCGAAAGGAAGGUGGCAGCUGGGGGCAGACUCUCAGGCGCUGUGUGGCAGAGCCCUCGGGGGGGCAGCCCAAAGCCCCCGACUCCAGCCCCAGAUCUCCCGGUGCCACAGGGGAGCCACGUGGCGGGGACUCCAAGCCGCGCUUUGGGCACUGGGCCACCGCCUUCUGGGAGCCAGCAGGCCAAGGGCGGGACGUGCGUCUUCCCCGGGGAACAGCUUCCUCCCAGUGCUGGGCCUUCCCGCCAACCUCCCCCCACGUCCACAGCGGCGGAUGGGCCAAGGGCGGACCGGGUGGCCCAGAAGCGCCUUGACCUCCAGGCCCCCAGGGAAGUCGCGGGCGGGGAGAGGGCCAGCCUGGGCGGAAGAAGUCACCGUGGGCAAGAGGAGGGGCCCCCGGGGGCUGCGAGGCUGGCCGGUCCUGGAAGGAAGGGAGAAGGCCUUCGGGGCGAGAAGGCCCACUCGAGUGGGGCCGAAGAGGCUGUGGACGGCGACCCGGCGGCCCCGGUGGAAGCUCCCGGCUGGCGCACUGGGAAGAGCCCAGAGUGGCCGCAGAGGCAGCAGGCGAGGCACACAGAGGGCCCUCCUCGGGGACAUGGGGCCCCGGCUGCAAAGACCCCAGCUCCUCCCCACCCAGGGAGCCCGGCACACCCUGCCCAGGCCCAGGCUGGCAGGACGGCCCCCCCUGACUCGGCUCAGCCUGAGAGCAAGGCAGCAGAGGUGGCGCCCCCCGCAGGCAAAAAUGAGGCGUCCCAGAGACCAGCAGCCUCCAGGGGUGGUCAGGGGGCUCGCGGAGAGCCAUGCGGGCAGGGCGAGAGCCCGACGGCCCCCGGCCCCCGGCCAGCGCCAGGCUCUGCAGUGCCCUCGGCCGUGCUAGGGGGCUGCCACACGGCUCGCGCCCCCGCCCCGGGGGGGGCCCCGGACACCGCCGGGGCGGGGAGGGGCACACAGGGACGUGGACGCGGCGGCAGGGGCGCACACCUGUCCAAGUACAGAGCCCAGAGCUUCAGCGACCAGAGGUCCUUCGAGCUGUCCUUUAGACCAGCCAUCCUCAGGGCCAACGACACGUUCGCGCUUCCAAAGUGAGGCCCUCACGGGAGCCAGCGGCCCGAGGCCUCACUCCCUUUCCUUCCUCCCGGUGACCCUCGGCCCUGAGCGCCGGCGCCCGGUCUGCGGGGUCGUGUCCUCUGUCGUGAGUGGCCCUGGGAGGACGGGAGCCCUGCGGCCAGUACACUCCGCCCACACCUGGCGUCUUCACGGGCGUCAGGCUCACGCCCGUCUCUGCACAGGAAGUUUUGACCUUCGGGGCUGGACUUCCCGUGCAUCUGUCCCGUACCCUCCUGGGGCGUGGCCUUGGGUUUUGAGGGCACUCUGCCUCUUGCGGGGUCACCAGCAGGUGCUGACAUGACCCCUCCUGGCUCAGACACGGCCAGGGUGGUGAGUGGCCCCGACUGGCCCUGCCGGUCCUGGAAAGAGUCAGAGGGCUUCGGUUUGACAUGGCGACCACCGGGGGGCGGGGGGCUGCGUCCAUGGCCCCACAGCCGCCUGACAGUCAGGGAGCCACUGGGAUCCAGGUGUGGCCUCUCUGUCCACCCAAGCCUGGCCGGAGCCAGCGAACCAGGGGGAGUCGACUCCAGAGAACAGCGACCGUCAGAGCCGCGAAAAGGCUGUUUUCAGGUGCACGAUUCCCAGGACGGUUUCAUUCAGAAACUGGUGAGAAAAGUAACCCAGUCUCGUCUGACCCGCCAUCAUCACAGCAGCCUCCUCGGGGUCUGCAGGGCCUGCAAGGCCCUGGACGGGGCGCAGGUCGGUGGCGGAGUGCACACUCCAGCCCCGCCGCCCUCCCGCACAGCGUCCGAGUGUUUCCCGCCAGAGACGUUGCUCAGUUGCAGCCCUUUCUGUCACUUAGACGAUGCACUUUCUGUCUAGAAUGUUUGAACACUGUACAGAAGGACAAGGAUGGAAAUAAAAACCACUGGUCGGUCAUCACACUGCCUGGAGGUGAUUUUGUCGCUGUCUUGCUGUUAGUUCUCCGAGCGGUUCCCUCAGCCUCUGUCCUGAGGCACAGACACAGGGUCACACC